GCAGAAAAGACCCUCCUUGCUGUCGCCAUGGCGGGGUCCCUUGUCCAGCUGCUGGUUCUGCUGUUCGCCGUGGUGUCUGCUGCGCCCGAUGACCAGGGUAACAAGAGCGGAGACAGGAUCAUCGACGGCGUCCCCUGCAAGAGAGGCUCCAACCCCUGGCAGGUGGCGCUGCUCAAGGGAGACAGUCUGCACUGCGGUGGGGCCCUGCUCAGCCCCCGCUGGGUGAUCACAGCCGCGCACUGCAAGAUGAGUGAGUACAUCGUUCACAUGGGCAGCGACAAUCUGAGUAAGAGCGGUCAGAGGAUCAAGGCAUCUAAGUCUUUCCGCCACCCCGACUACUCCACACAGACCCACGUCAACGACAUCAUGCUGGUCAGGCUGGACAGGCCAGCACGGAUGACAGCCCAGUUGAAGACUGUCAACCUGUCAUCCCGCUGUGAGCCCCCGGGGACCAGCUGCCAGGUCUCCGGCUGGGGCACCACCACCAGCCCCGAUGUGACCUUCCCCAAGGAGCUCAUGUGCACGAACGUCAAGCUCAUCUCCUCCCAGGACUGCAAGAAGGUGUACAAGGACCUCCUGGGGAGCUCCAUGCUGUGUGCCGGCAUCCCCAACUCCAGGACCAACGCCUGCAACGGUGAUUCUGGGGGACCCCUGAUGUGCAGAGGUAGCCUGCAAGGCCUGGUGUCCUGGGGAACUUUCCCGUGUGGCCAACCCAAUGACCCAGGAGUCUACACCCAGGUCUGCAAAUACGUCAACUGGAUAAAGGAGACCAUGAGGAAGCAUCGCUAGCUUCUCCAUCUCUCAGCUGGAACAGAAAAGUCAAAGAAGCAGGCAUGAGCUGGAAUCUACUUGACUUUUCCUGCCCUUAAAGUCUCAACAACACGCCGUGUGUGGAAACAAAGCAAAGUGACACAAGGACCGAAACCCCCCUCAGAGCCCUCAGAGCUGCCUCAGUCUGGCAGGAAACAGGGGCCAGCACCCUGAAACGCCCGCCUGGACCAGAAAUCAGUGCAAUUGUAAUGGAAGGCAGUUUGGCUGCUACGAAUUCUCAUUCAAAUUCUAAUAAUUUUACUUCUAGAAAUUAUUUUUAUUUUUCAAAAAUCAAUCUAAAAUGUGUAGCAAUUCAAAUGUUGCUUGAAUUCAUAGAAACAUUAUUUAUCAAAAAGAAACCUGAGCAUAUUCCAAUUUUCUAAUUUUGUGGAUUGUUUAAGAAAAGGCUGGCUUGGGGUGGGAUCUUUUGAAGCUGUUAAGGAUAAUAAUCAUAUAGAACAGCUGUACAAAGCAGAAAUUUAUCUGAUGUUAAAAGCAAAAAAAUGUACAUGUAUGUAA